AAACCCUCUUUCUUCGCUAAACCCAAACCCACCCCUGGCGGCUGUGUGAGCGAGCGUUGGUGAGAAGAGUAACCCAUUUCAAAUUACUUGUCUUUUAGGGUUUUAAAUUCCCUGUUUGUUUUUUCUAGGAUUUUAUAAGAUUACAAAACAUCAAGAUCCGUUCUUUGUUGUUGUUUUGGUCGUGUUGUUGUGUAAUUCAUGGCUACUACACUUUCUCCUCCUGUAGACCAAGCUUCAGAUUUGCUGCAGAAGUUGUCAUUAGAUUCGCAGACCAAGACUCUUGAAAUUCCUGAACCUAACAAGAAGCCUCCUGCCAAUCAAUUUGAUUCGGGCAAUGCUGCAACUGGUCAAAUCCCAACAGAGCGGCUGGGAACCCCGUUUCUCAAUGAUUUUAUGGAUCCCAACGUGUGCUUUGUACCUAAUGGUUAUCCUUCUACUUUCUACUAUGGAGGGUAUGAUGGGAAUGUGAAUGAGUUUGAUGACUAUGGAAUUGUAGGUCAAGAUGGAAUGACAUCUGGAGUAUAUGGGGAUAACGGGUCUCUUAUGUAUCACCAUGGAUAUGGAUAUGCACCCUAUGCACCAUAUUCGCCAGCAACUUCACCUGUUCCAACCAUGGGAACUGAUGGUCAGUUAUAUGGACCUCAGCACUACCAGUAUCCACACUAUUUCCAACCGCUUACUCCAAACAGUGGUCCAUACUCCCCCAACCCUGUUGCUCCUCCCUUGGAUGCUUCCACCUCUGUGGCUCCAGAGCAAAAACCUUUGCCUGUAGAAACAACUAAUGGGAAAUCCAACACUGUUGCAAAUGGGGGAGUUAAGGGAAGUAAUGGUGCUACUCCUUUUAAACCAUCAUAUCAAACCUCUUCCUUUAACUCAAAUAAUACUUAUGGAAGGGGUUCAUUGCCUGGGCGUAUUCCUGCAUCUGGUUAUCAAGAUCCAAGAUUUAGCUUUGAUGGGAUGCGGUCUUCUAUCCCAUGGGUGGAUGGCUCAAUGAUUUCGGAUUCACAGCUUAGACCAGUUAAUAGCACAACAUACAAUGCUCCAAUUUCAAAUGGCAACAAUGUUCCUUCUUCAAGAAAUCAAAAUUAUCGACCAAAUUCUCAUUACAUGGGAUUGCACCAACCUCGACCAAUGGGUACCGCACAGGGUUUUAUGAAUGUGAAUAGAAUUUAUCCAAACAAGUUGUAUGGUCAGUAUGGUAACACAUUUAGAUCUGGGAUGGGCUUUGGCACCAAUGGUUAUGAUUUACGAACAAAUGGGCGUGGUGGAUGGUUGGCUGUUGAUGGCAAGCAUAAAACCAGGGGACGUGGUUACUUUGGUUAUGGUAGUGAGAAUAUGGAUGGCUUGAAUGAGCUUAACAGAGGACCAAGGGCCAAGGGUUCCAAGAACCAAAAGGCCUCAGCGCCUGUUGCAUCAGCAGUCAAAGAGCAGAAUGUGCAGACAAAUGGGACAACUGAUGAAGAAAAGGCAACUACUGCAAUUCUAGAUAGAGAACAAUACAACAAAGCUGAUUUCCCAGAGGAGUAUACUGAUGCUAAAUUCUUUGUGAUUAAGUCAUACAGUGAGGAUGAUGUACACAAGAGUAUCAAGUAUAAUGUCUGGGCAAGCACCCCAAAUGGAAACAAGAAGCUUGAUGCUGCAUACCAGGAGGCUCAGCAAAAGUCUGGUGGCUGCCCUGUAUUUCUUUUCUUCUCGGUCAAUACAAGUGGGCAAUUUGUUGGCCUUGCGGAGAUGACAGGACCUGUUGAUUUUAACAAGAAUGUGGAGUAUUGGCAACAAGAUAAAUGGACUGGCUGUUUCCCGGUGACAUGGCAUGUUGUGAAGGAUGUACCCAAUAGUUUGUUGAAGCACAUUACUCUUGAGAACAAUGAGAACAAGCCUGUCACUAACAGCCGAGACACCCAAGAGAUCAAGUUAGAACAGGGACUUAAAGUGAUCAAAAUAUUCAAGGAACAUUCUAGUAAAACUUGUAUUUUGGAUGACUUUGGGUUUUAUGAAGCUCGACAGAAGACCAUUCAAGAAAAGAAGGCUAAACAACAGCAGUUCCAGAAACAGGUAUGGGAAGGAAAGCCCAUAGAGGAAAAGAAAGAAGAUUCAAAUGGUGAUCUGAAGUCACAAAAAUCAUUGGAGUUUGCCACAGAUUUGAGCAAAGAACCUACUUUCGCUGCUCAGGCCAACGGAGAUGUGAAGAUUUCUGAGAAUGGAUCAGUUGCAAAAACUGGAGAUGCCUACAGGGGUGGUAAACCAGUUGUUACAGAGAAGGCGAUUUUGGCAAAUAGUUGCUAGUCCUGGCUGGUGCUGGAAGGCGGUCUGGUUAACUGGAGCCUCUUUCGAAGGAGUUCCGACAGAAGUUUUGAGGCAUAGUACAGAAUCCAACUUCUGAACAGCUCUCCUUUUUACACAGGGCCGCCUUAUUGGAUCUAUCCUGCUGCUUUGAGAGUCAAUAUUUCAUUGAGGGAUGGAAGCUCACUUUGAAGUCUUUUAAAAAUUGGUGUGGCAGGCUAGGCAUUUCAGAAUCCGAGUAGUAUGCCCCAUCCUUUGAUGGUGGGCUGUUUUCUUUUUCCUUUUCUAAAUAGUGGGUUAUCUUCUAACAAGUUUUCAUUCGCCAGGGUUUUGGGUUUAGUGAUGCUAUUUUAGUGGCUUUUUUAUGUUCCAUUAUGUCUUUUUUUUUUAAAUCUAUUUGGUAAUUUCCUGUCUUGUAAGUCUAGAUCUGGAGCAGCUUGCCUUUUCUGUGGUUUUUGUGAGAGCUAGAGGCAAGGCGGGAAAUAUAUUGCCAUGUAAUGGAGAGCUUUUUAAUUAAGCAAAGAAAUAGAGUAUCUUUUUAUUCAUA